GGUAAGUUACCAAGCCACCUUCCUUCAUUAGAAAAUAUUGUAAUAUAUGAAUGCAAACAUUUGGCGGUUUCAAUUUCCACAUUUCCAGAGCUCUGCAAACUAGAAAUUGAAGGAUCCAGAGGGGUGGUGCAUAGAGGUAAGGUUGAAUUUAGCUUACUAUCCUUCUCGUCUCUUUCAACAAUUUCGGAAUUUACAUGUCAAAUAGAAGGGUUUACUAUGGAAGGAUUGACAUAUUUGGAAGAUUCGACUAUUAAAACUUGUGAUGAGCUGUUUCUUUCGUUCACUGACGAGGUACUUCUAGAACAUCUCCCAUCUCUUGGUGUUAUGAGGAUUCAUAAUUGUACCAAACUAGUUUCUUUGACGGCAUUAGAAGAGGAAGACCAGUUACAACUGGGUUUGCCAUUCAAAUUGAGAGAUUGCGAGAUCAGAAAUUGCCAGGACAUGGAAUCGUUACCGAAAGAAAUGAUGUAUAACAACACUUAUCUUGAGAAGAUUUUAAUUGAAGGCUGUACUUCACUCACAAACUUUGCAAUAGGCCAACUCCCUCCAACUCUAAAGCGGCUAUGUAUAAGUAAAUGUACGAAUAUGGUGAUUUUGGUGGAUGAGGAUGAUAUCAACAAUUACGGCAGCAACACAUCUCUUCUUGAGUAUUUGGAUAUUAGUGAUUGUCCAUCCCUCAAAUCCUUAACAUCAAGUGGAGAAUUACCUGAAUUACCUGCAACACUUAAGUUCCUUUACAUUAGGAAUUGUGAGAAGCUGGAGUCCAUAGCGAAGAGCUUUCAUCUCAACUCAUCUCUUGAAGGCAUUAUCAUCGCAUCUUGUGAGAACCUUAAAUCCUUACCCAAGGGCAUACACAACCUCAACCAUCUAAAUGACAUUUAUAUUUCAGAAUGUCCAAUUCUUGAUUCUUUCCCGGACGGAGGUUUGCUCCCAACCAACCUGAAACUUCUCAAUAUUUUCAAAUGUGAUAAAAUGCGGGCCUUGCCCAAUUGCACGCAUAACCUCACCUCUCUUCAAACAUUGAGAAUAUGGGAAUGUCCAAGCAUUGUAUCCUUUCCGGAAGUAGAUUUUCUAACCAACCUAACGUCACUUGGUAUCCAUGAUAUGAUGUCGUUGAAUAAGGCCUUUUUUGAGUGGGGAUUGUGCAAGCUCACUUCUCUUAAAGAACUUAAAAUUGGUGGUGGCUCUUCACAUUUGGUGUCCUUUCCAGAGAUGAUGCUGCCUACCUCUCUAAUCGGCCUCCGAAUUGCAUCCUUCCCAAAUUUGAAAUACUUGUCUUCCAAAAUCUUUCAAGACCUUGCCUCUCUUCAACGUUUGUCUAUCUGUAAGUGUAAAAAGCUCAAGUCCUUUCCUGAGGAUGGCCUCCCUCCCUCACUCUUGGAACUUGUUAUCUCCAAUUGUCCUCUACUGAAAGAGCGAUGUAAGAAAAACCAAGGACGAGAGUGGUUCAAAAUAGCCCACAUCCCUGCACUCAUAUUGGUAGAAGAGAGUCGGUGAAUCUGAGUGUUGCUUGGAUCGAAGUCAAGUUUCAAGAAAUAAAUUCAAAGCAUCAUAGGUGUUUGUUAAAAUGCCCAAGCGAACAUGUAGAGAGAGAGGAGGCAUCUGAAUAUUGAGUUUUUCAUUACCAGCAAGUGGCGUAUUGCUGGUCAUUACAGAUUGGACCGUCAUGGUGACCCUCCAAAAAUAGAAGGAUCAUUCUAACUCUGUAUCCCCAUGAACAACCUAAUCUGGAAUAUAAAGAGGUAUGUCUUACUGUUAUUUCAAUUUUUAUAAUUUCUAAGAAAGUUUUGCAUCUAAAUAGAUAUAUAUAGAAAUUAUUGGGUUCUAUUUUAAUUCAUCUAUAAACCAAAAGAGGAUAAUCAAUGAAUCUGAGUAUUGUUUAGAUGCAAGUCAAGUUUCAGGAAAUAAAUUCAAAAGUCAUUAAUAAUAUUUAGUAACCGGAUUGAUAAUCAUUCAUUUAAUUUUUUAGGAAGGGAAGUAGAAGGGAUCAUCCCAACUCUGAUCCCCAUGAACAACCUAAUAUGGAUUAUGAAUAUAAAGAGCUGCUUUGAACGGCUGUUGGUGCUGGGGAUCAGUAUUGGAGUUUCUUUCAAUGUAAUUUUUUCUGAGUGGAUGAUCACAAUCUUGUUGAUUACUAUCUUCACAGUUAUGGCAACCAAGGCUUUCCUCAAGGGUGUUGAAACAUGGAGAAAGGAAACCAGAACUAAAAAGGAGGCUGCUCAAUGUCUGCAAACAAAUGGUCUUGGUGGUGAAGUGGUUGAGGGCCCAAGCAACGGCAGUGGUACAGAAACCAAGGACACUAAGAGAGCAGAGGUCUCCAUUCUUAAGAAUAUUUACAGGAAGGCAGUUGGAGUUCUUGUUGCUGUCUGGGUCAUAAUCCUUGCAUUUCAGAUUGGCAAGGGUUAAUUUCAGUAUCUGUGUUACUUUUCAUCAUAAAAGCCUUUUUUUUUUUUUGAACUAAUGAGGAUAGUUCUGUGUUUUCUUAGAAUUACACAGAAACUUGUUCACCGGCAUAUUGGGCAUUAAACCUGCUGCAGAUCCCUGUGGCCGUUGGAGUGAGUUGAUAUGAGGCUGUUA